CCGCCGUGGAAGGAGGACGCGAAGUGGGGGCUUCGCAGCUCCCCGCGGGUUCAACUCCCCGAGCCGCCCUGUCGGCGCUGCCCGGCCCUGCGCUCCGCCCCCGGUGCCCAUGGCUCCCUAUCGCAUCCGGCUGUACCGUGAUGAGGACUACGAUGCCGUGCGCUCCCUGUUUGCCCGUGGCAUCAUGGAGCACGCCCCGGCCAUGUACCGCCACGUGCUGUGUUUGACACGGGUGCAGCUGGGGCUGCUGUCCCUGUUCUGGGCUGUGUGUGCCAUGGCUGGCAGCUGGCUGCUGGCAUUAGCUGCCGUGGUGCUGGUGCUGGCAGCCAUGUGGCCCGUGAUUCACUCCUUCAGCAAGUCCUUCGUGACCGAGGCGCUGGUCGCUGAUCUGCAGGACAUUGACAGUUAUUACAUGCGGGCGCCCGACUCCUGCUUCUGGGUGGUGGAGGCCGGGGGGGCGGUGGUGGCCAUGGUGGGCGCAGCCCCGACGCAGGACCUGGAGCGGCCCGGCCCGGCCAUGGAGCUCAAGAGGCUGUCGGUGAGCAGGGAGCACCGCGGUCACGGCAUCUCCAGGGCGCUGUGCGGGGAGGUGCUGCGCUUCGCCCGGGCGCGGGGCUACGGGGCCGUGGUGCUGUACACCUCCACGGUGCAGCUGGUGGCACAGCGGCUGUACGAGAGCCAGGGCUUCAGGAAGGUGCUUGAACGCAGCCCGUCCCUGUUCUCCAGACUGAUCUGCUUCCAUCUCAUCCAUUACCGCCUCCAGCUGCCCAGCCACCCGUAGGGCCCCCCCUGUUCUUACAGCACCGAGAAAUAAACAGAGACUGCAGAAGGGUGUGAGCAGUGAGAUGCA